AUGGGCAAAGGCUUGAGCACCGCAGACAUAGGGGAGCUGGAAGAUUUAAACGACCGACUUCAUAGAGUUAUCAAUUUAAUGGAAAAAAGAAUUAGCCAAAUCUCACUUGACAAACUUCGCGCGGAAGAGAGGGCUCACCAGCACGAAAAACAGCUUCUGGAAUGCCAUAAAGAGGCAGCAGACACGGCCACAAAGCACGAACGUCAAAUAGCCGCCCUUAGCGAGCAGAUUCGAGCAAUGGACUACUAUGACUCCCCGAUCAACGAUGAUGAGGCAUCGAGCAUCAUGAAAAGGCUCCAGAGCGCCGUGGAUGUGUGGGUCAAAGCAAACUUCAACAAAUUUGAAAGGCUUGAUGCCCUAGCCAAAGAUUGGUGUAAUGAUGAGCGUUUCCCUCGGGCUGUCUACGAGCCAGGAGAUAUUUACAAGAACCAGGGGCUAGUUCGGGCCAUUGUCGCCAACAAUCUCAAUGAUAGCUUAUUCAGUCAGACUGUGCUGGGAACAAAUCUCGAGACCGACACCUUGGUUAAGAAGGUCAUGGAAAGACUGGAGGGAAACCAAGGGGAAUUGGCUAGACGGUCAUCGGAUACAUGA